AUGGAAGCCGAAUGCGAGAAUUGUUUGCGCCCGCUGAUGGAUCACUUUGAGCUCGUCCUCUCUGCCCAGGCCAGUUCCUGCGAGAAAACUGUCCUUAAACGGCUACUCAAGGAACUCUGGCGAAUAACAAUGCGUAACACGGAGAAGUUGGUCGUCCUGCCCACCGUUACAGAUGCAAAGCAGGUCUGUCCCGCAUGCAAAACUUGUUUUUAUCACGUUUUCUUUCUUGGCUCUCUGCCAAAUUCCAAAGCAGUCAUUAUGUUUAACUAUGCAGGUGUUUUGAGGAUAGCGUAG